GCUUGAAUUAGUAAAGGCAAGGCGCAGAAGAACAGGACUCCAGAAGAACACACAUGACAGGACCGGCGCCUUCACAACUAAGUUUAUUUCCGCAACAAGCCUGCCUUAUGUAGGUUAAUCAAGUUGAGUCACACACGAAACUUGAGAAGUAAAAUACAGCAAUCUAUCGACGACUCAGGAAUUGUAUCUGGCACAAUAUAUCAGAUGAACAAACAUGAACCACAUGUGGUGGAGCACCAGAAGCAAUUCAUUGUGCAACGUAUUUUCCAAGCCAAUGGGGAGAAAAUGUGAGACAUAAAAAGUACUGUCUACGCUUCACUAUCAAACUAUCCACAACAUAACACACACUUCAAACGCCUAAGGCCCAGUCAGUGAUAAAACCCGGACCUGCCGGUCCUGUCGUGUGUGUUCUUCUUGAGUCUUGUUCUUCUGCGCCUUGCCUUUACUAAUUCAAAUUGUCCAUUUUAGUUUCAUGUUUUUUUAUUUGAUUUUAUAUUAUUUUCUUUCAUUCAUAGUUAUAUUUCAUUUUGUAUGCUUCAUGUGUUCCAGUACGAUUUGAUGCCAUUGUUGUUUUGCAUUUUAUAAAUUAUGUAGGAGAGAAACAUACUAUGCUCAGUUUAAUAGGUCAAUGUGUAAUGCAAUGUCACAUAUGCAAAGUCAUAUCAUUGUUUGGGCAUAACAUUGAUAUUGCGUGCCAAAUCCAAUGUCUAUGUAUUGCGGGCAGGGGUUUGUACGUAUUCAGGACACUUAUUACGUAUAGAGAGAGAGGAACUUGGUGUGAGACAUGUACUGCAUCAAUGUGCAUGCCACAACUGUAAUAUGCGAGUUGGGUAGGCCAAGGUUUUCCCGUAUUUUGCCUACAACUGUGGCAGCCCUUUUCGUUUGCUAAUGUGGCACUUUAGUUCCAUCAAAUAAGCAAUGGAUUCUUCACAUCAUCUUCAUUUGCUCCCUGUCUUUGCAGGUUUCAUGUCAUCAGGGUCACUGCAGCAGUAUGACUCACUCGUGUCAAUGCGUGGCAAUCUGCAUUCCUGCCGGCUGUGCGAUUACGUGACCGCAAUAAAGUCAAGCAUGCAAGCACAUCUGCGCAUACAUACUGGCGAGCGCCCCUUCAAGUGCCACUUCUGCCCUGAGGCAUUCACUUGUCUUUCUAACUUAAAGCGACAUGAACGCACACACACUGGCGAGCGCCCCUACAAGUGCCACCUCUGCCCUGAGACAUUCAUUGAUGGUACCAGCUUCAAGCGGCAUGUCUGCACCCACACAGGCGAGCGCCCAUUCAAGUGUCGCUUUUGCCCGAGCACAUUCUAUGACAGUUCCACCCUGAACCAGCAUGUCCACACCCACUCAGGAGAGCGCCCUUUCAAGUGCCGCUUCUGCCCAGGCAAAUUUGCUCACCGCACCACCCUGAACCGGCAUGUCCGCACCCACACAGGCGAGCGCCCAUUCAAGUGUCCCUACUGCCCGAGCGCAUUCUGCGACAGUUCCAGCCUGAAGCAGCAUGUGCGCACGCAUACAAAAGAGUGCCCCUACCAGUGCCACCUGUGCCCACAAGCAUUCACUCAGAAGUCCAAUCUAACACGCCAUAUACGCAGCCACACAUGAGACCAUUCUUUUUCCUGAACCCACCGCAGCGCCUCGUUUUCGUGGCAUCAGAAACUCUAUAUCCAUGUGUCCUGUCGCACUGAGGAGAAGCCCUAAAGGUCAGGGGCAUGGAGUUUUUCGUACAUCAAUCGGUUGAUCGAUUUGUUUGGCGGAACUGGUUACUCAACUGCAUGGAGAAGUUUCCGUGUUCAACCGUAUGGUUUCUUGUAUAUUACCUAGAAAGAAGUUGACUCCACUGUGAGAAUUCCACAGGACGACUGCAUCCAUGUGAUUUUAAAGCUGUGCUAGUUUUUUAGAAUAGAAGCGUGUCAGCCUUCUUUGUGCACAUUUUGUGGGAGUUAGUCGAGUUGAAGCACUUACUCUUUCUUAGGCUGCUCUGCAAGACAACAUUCCUACCUGUGUAAGACUCUGACCUGUAAUUUCAAACAAGAAAAAUAAAAAAUACAAAUGCUACGAUCCAGCAUUCUGCUUCAGUUGACAGCCAUGGCUAAUUUUCAGCAUUCCUUCUGUAAACAUUCAUUUGGUCAUAUGACUGGUGUUCACAGAUACUUGACUAAGCUGUGGAAUUUUUUCCCUUCACUUUGACUUAUGCGUUUGACACCGAAGUUAUUAAAGGCAUGGCUGAAAAAAAUUAUUGUAGGAGAUUUUAACUUCAUUUAGCUCUCAUAAUCGAGUGCCACCAGUAUUAACUGUGAAUACAAAAUUUGUAUUAACUUUGGUGUGUAGCGUAUUCACAACCAGUAGAUAAUUUCAGAAAAUGUUGCACAUGUAUAUGAAGAAAAAUAACUGAGUAUGAGGCAGCUCCCAACCUAACUUGUGCAAGGCUAUUGGUUUUGGACUAAAGACUAAAGACUUCAAGCCCUGUCAGGCAGAGACUUCAAGCAUUCAGCAAAAUGAAGUGAACAAUGCGUGCAUUCUAUGGGAUCGCGCAUACAACAUACGUAACAGCAUGUGUUUCAAGAAAAAACAAGCAUCCAAACCACAUAAAUGAUGAUGAGGCACUCCUGAGAACAACAUGAAGCGUCUAGCACACCCCACGUAUGUUUGCCGGUAAAGAUGUUGCGCAAGCUGCCAAGCAAUUAAUUCCCAUUACAUAAUUCAACUUACAAAUUCAAGCGAGUGAGUUUUCAUGGCAUUCACUAUGAAAUGAAGUUCAAUACUGGCAACUGUUUUGAUAUAAGCGCCGUCAAACUUGAUGUAAAAAUUUACUUCUGUUCCACUUACUUUUCUAACCAAGUGCCGUUUUAUGCAUGGAAGCAGAAAAAUAUCUGGGACAUCAAUGCAUUUUAUAUUACCCUUUGGGUAUGCAUAUCUGAAAACUGUUGUCAUCCUGUGAAUUAGCUACAUAUAUGUGUGCCUUGUAACCUCACCUACUACUAUUUGUAAAUUGUAGUGUGUGCGCCAAAAACAUAAUCAAGUUAACGUUUAAAUGCCAAAUAUUUCGCAAUAAGAUUAUUAUUAGUUUUGAUAUUUUGUGUAAAUAAUGUUGGCUUUUUAGAGCAGUCAAGCUCAAAAGCUUUCUUAUGCUAUAUGAUGCUACAAAAUUAUUUGUGAAAAUUCUGUUAGCUAUAUGAAAAAAACACUGUAUUCAGGUUCUUUCAUCAUUGGUUUGCUUCGUGCUGCAAAUUGCUUUGUUUCUUGUUCCACUUUCUGCCAUUGCUAAGUGACUUUUUGCCUUAGCUGCAUUUCUUUUUUCAUUGGUUCUGUCAGGCUGUUUCUUAUUCAACAUUUAUGCAUCCACCAGUGACUGCGAAAGCUGGAGACUUUGAAUUCCCCUCCCUCUGUAUAUCUAUAACAUCUAUCCACGUUUGCUGGCGCGCUGUUCCUUGCCUGAUGUGCUGUUGCCCUCAGAUGUGGCUCUGUUCAAUACAUUUUUCUUUUUUUAUUGUUUAUUUAUUUUAUUUAUUUGAACAUACUGCUAGCCUCACAUAUGAGGCUGUUGCAGGAAAGGAGUUACAAGUGGUGACGUUAUAUUGAGUAGAUAUUGAUGUGACUAGUUGAAGAGUAAGGGACUUGGACAUACCUGUGCAUAUGCAAAGAUGUACCUUCACUAUCUUGUCCAUUGACUAUCUGAGUUUAGUGCCUGAACAGUACACAGGGCUCACAAAGGUCAAGUGUGGCCAAAAUUUUGACACACACCUGAACCGUGUACUGUAUAGUGCUCCUUGCUGAACUGCCUGUCAUUGUGCACCAGGCGUUUGACAUCCUGUGCCAGGGUCCUGGAAAACCGGUGACACAUUGCUGUUCAACGUUGUCUAGAAGGCGUGCUUGUGGAAGCUGUGCAACUACACAGUGAAGAGCUCAUUCAACUUGGCAAGAUACAUACAAAUAUGUACUCGCGAUACGUUGUACAGUCGUCAGCACUGUGCACGUAUCGCCUACACCAAAGGUAUACGCCUUUGUAGCCGUACACUUAUGCAUCAGUAUUGACAGUCAUUCAGCUGCCACACUGGCAGCUGUAUAUUUUAAAUGGAGGAUGAACUGCUGCUACCUAUGUGCACAAAUAAAUAGACCGUAAUUCAUUGCGGGAAUCGAAAUGUGGUGAAAAAUAUUUCACAGAUGUAUUCCUGUCUGACAACUGACACAUCAAAGAGAGCGAAGCCGCAUAAGUAGGUUCUCUUACCCUUCAGAAGUGCUAGGGAUCUGUUUGCUGGCUCGUGACCUUGUUUGAAUAUAAAAGCAGUUCCUCCUGCAUUCUCUUGUUGCUGCAUCAGAAACUGCUGUAACAGCAGUUUCUGAUGACAACACUAUUAAGAUAUAAAAGCCAGAAUUCAGUCAUCAGAAUCGACUCGGUUUUGGGUAACUGAUCCAAGUAGACACAUUGACCCCCCCCCCCAAAAAAAAAUAAUAUAGAUGGCCUUUUAAUGUAUCCAAUGCAUCAUAAUUAUUUUACAAAUAAGAAAAUCAAGGAACAGUAAUAUUGAUGUGAGUCCGGGUUCAGGCUGUAAGCUCAGUAACAGCAGUUUAUUUCUCUUGUGGAGAGAAAUUUGUUAUUGUCAUGUUCAGUGACUAGAGGAGCCUUCACCAGUACUGUCCAACCAGACUUUCGAUGUGCUGAAUGAACAUUGUCAAAGCGCUGACACGCUUGUUGUUUGGAGAAGGAACCAUUGUGACCAAGACUGUAAGCAGCUAAAAAUUUGUUCAAGACAAUGAUGCCAUGACAUUUUAAAAAAUGAGAUCUUAUGAAGUAGGCUUGGCAUGAGUUGGAUGAAUUGCUCAUAAUACAUACAUUGCAUUAUAAUAUAUUGUGAAGUGUAGCACCAUGCAACCCGCCUAGUGUUCAUUUUUACAAGGGGAAGAACUUUAUGCAAGUGUGUUAGUAUUUGUGCUGGCUUUGACAGCGACUUCUGUGCUGUGACAGAUGUGUCCAUGUCUCCGACAAAAUGAAAGAGUUCUUUGCAUCAGGCUUUGCCAGGGAACCAGCUCAUCAUAUUCUUAACAGAAAGCAUCCAAAUGUUUGCUGUGUUUCAUGGCAUGGCAGCUUUAUAUAUGAUUUAUUUAUUAUUGUGAUAGUGAUACGACUGUUUACUAAAUGCCUCCAAUGCAUUUUUUUGUUUGUCUGAACCAAGUGCAAAGGCCAGUCUGCAUGCUGCCCUAUCAUUCUACUGAAAUUAUGAAAAAAAAAAACCAUAAAUGUUCCGGCAGAACGUGUCCCACUAUGCAUGUCAACAUUAAUGCAAUUAGCGUUGAAGCAUUGCUGCGGUGCACUGUAUUGCCAAUGCCGAAAUGCAUCAUGUACAAGGUG